AUGCCUAGGGAACGUUCGGUAGACGACAACUGUAACGCUAUCGCAAGGCUCAUCAAGGACUUCUGCAGUUGCUCCGAGAACGGCGCCUGGUCGCCAGAGAUGACGUCGGACAAACGAAAAGGCCCGCUCCUCAAGAGCGAGUUGACGAACAUGUCUGCAAUGCGUCGAAGAAUAAUCUCUCUGGCUAAAAGAAAAACCAGAGAAGAUCCCGAGCCGCCAAAACUGACCUACGGCAACACAUUUCAAAAAAGCUCCGAAACUUUGACUUCAAAUCUUGUAAAUACUACAAACAGUUCUCAAAAUAGUACUUUAAGGAAGAAUAUAGACAAUUUUCUUUUAUCCAGAAGGAUAUUUGCAAUUGAAGAGAACAUUUACGAGAAGCCAAUACCAGUUAAACACGCGACCUGUGGUGAAAACUGGUCUUUGAGUAAAGCGUGGAGGAACAGUAAUACAGAUUUCUUUAAUCGUUCCCCUUCGAUUGAUUACAGUGAGACAUCUGAACGUAAGCUUGAACCUAUCGAAGAGAUACCGCAACGAAAAAAGCGGAACAAGAAAAUGAAAGAGCAAUUACGUUACGAUAGAAAUAUAAAACGCCAUAUUCGGAUUCGUGUGAUGUUGUCUCUAAGGAUGCGAAGAUAUAUGAAGAGAAGAAUGAAAAAACCUGGUCUACAUUUAGCCCAGAAUGUGAAUGUGCCUCCUAGACGUUUUCCUAGAGGAGCGUCAGUAACCUCGAGUUUUGGGACGAGGUCAUACCGAAGUGUGAUGACGGAUAAAUUGGCGGAUGGUGCUGUGUUGUUUGAUAUACAUGAGGCGAGGAAUUCUACAAUGGAGUUGUGCCACGAUUAUGAAGAAGACAUCGACACGCUGGAGAUUGCAUUACGCGCCGGUAACUUUAGGAGCGGUCGAUUAGCGGUCGAGGGUUGGUGGUGCGGUCGAGCGAUGCCGGCCGCAGGCGGUCGCGCCAACAAUGGCGCCUUGGCGCUGCACUAUGCUGCCGCGCGGGGCUGCCUGGAUUGUGUCCGUCUCUUGACUAAUACCACGCCUGAUGUCUCGUGA